AUUCUUCUUCAGUUCAUUCUUCCACAAUUUUAUCACUUUUUCUUCAUCUUUUCUGAACCCUAGCCUAAGCUUCUCACUUGUUCGCGCUCUCUCUCUCUCUGUCUUUGUUAACCCUCUCGGCCUCUGUGUGUUGUGUUGUGAAUCGAGAUUCAACACUUCAACUCGGCCCAUUGGGAUUUUCAGGGUACAAUGGCUUCCAACAUCUCGCCCUCUGCCUUUGAUAAAGAACAGAUAUUUGGAAUGGCUGAAAAGGAGAUGGAAUAUAGGGUCGAAUUAUUCAACAAGAUGACCCAGACCUGUUUCAAUAAGUGUGUUGACAAUAGGUACAAGGAGUCUGAGCUAAAUAUGGGUGAAAAUAGUUGCAUUGACCGCUGUGUUUCAAAAUAUUGGCAUGUGACUAAUCUAAUUGGUCAGCUGCUUGGUUCUGGGAGGCCUCCAAUGUAAUCCAAGUGUUUUGUAUUUUCUUUUGCGGUUAGCAACCAGUGAGCUAUGUCUACGAUAUUAUUAGUUGCUUCCCAAGGAAGAGAAAUUUAAUGCUUUGCAGAGUCUUUAUUUUUUACCAUGACUAUUUUGAUUUUUGAGGUCAAUAUGCUUUGUUUAGAAAGGGACUGAUGAGUUUUGAGGUAGCCAAUGGUGAACAAUAAAAAUAAUUUUAGAUAAAUAUGGUCAUUCUUUGUUUCUAA